GAAAGGCUUACCGCGGUAGUCGAGAUCGAUGUUGUGGUCAAUAGUGCAUAUCAGCCAGGCCACCAGUUUGAUCGGCAACUUCAGAUAUCGUUUGCGGUUGUGCCGUAGAGCCGACAGCCAGGGAGUGCACCCUUGGACUUAUAUCCAGUUUCUCGUUCCAGUCACACCCACCAGUGAUUGCAAAAGAUCAGAGCCGUCUCAAACUCUGAAGAUGGCGGUCGCCGAAACCAUGACUGAGCAGCAGCAGAGCUGGCAGGACAUAGUCGCACGAAAACAGCAAGAAUCUCGAGAUCUCAUCCCCAAGGAAUGGCUGCUGCCCUCUACGAUCAUGGAUUCGUUGUCCUUUCCGCUUGAGAAGAACCCGAACAAGUUGCUCGCCAUGGACAUCCCAAGGAAAUCAGGGCUCUUAACUGACCGUGAGCUGGCAAUUACAGAGAGCUAUUCGGUCGCAGAACUACUGGCCAAACUUGCAUCCGGGGAAUUCUCAUCUUCCGAGGUCACAAUGGCCUUCUGUAAAAGAGCCGCAAUCGCUCAACAGCUGACCUCAUGCCUCACGGAGACGUUCUUCGACGAAGCUAUUGCGAGGGCCAAAUCUCUCGACCAGCGCAGGACCGACGGACAGCAACUGGGGCCAUUGCACGGUCUUCCUGUCAGUAUCAAAGACGGAUUCCAGGUGAAGGGGACUGAAGCAAGCAUUGGAUACGUAUCGUUCCUCGGAGAGAAGUCAUCGGCAAAUUCGGCUUUGGUCGAGAUACUGCUGAACUUGGGCGCCGUGCUGUAUGUUAAGACCAACAUCCCUCAGACGCUGAUGACUGCCGACUCCGACAACAACAUCUUCGGUCGUGCUCUGAACCCUCACAAUACGCUCCUCAAUGCUGGAGGCUCGAGCGGAGGAGAAGGCGCUUUGAUUGCGUUCCGGGGCUCACCUCUCGGUGUCGGCACCGACGUCGCGGGCUCCGUCCGCAUCCCGGCAUUGUGUUGUGGGACUUUCGGAUUCAAGCCCACCUCGAGUCGCAUCCCUUACAGAGGUCAGAAGGCACCUUCACUCGAAGGGUGGAAACCCAUCACCGCCUCUGCUGGUCCGCUUGCAAACGACAUGGAGGCCCUCGGCAUCUUCACAAAAGCAGUCAUCGAUGCCACACCAGCACUACUCGACUCCACAGCUAUUGACGUACCCUGGCGCACACUCAAUCCAGCAAAUAGAGCCAGGCUCAGGAUUGGCGUUCUUCAAGAGGAUCCUUUGUACCCAUUGCAUCCUCCCAUCAAGAGGGCCUUAGCCGAGGCUGCGAAGAAACUCGAAGCCGCUGGGCAUGAACUCGUCCAAGUGACCUCUGAAGAAGGUCAGGUCGCCGAUGCCAUGGAAGUCGCAUGCGAAAUCUUCUCUCUUCAUUCCGAGACAUCUAUGCAAUUCAUCAAUGCAAGUGGUGAGCCGCCGGUUCCAUCUGUCGCCAAACAAUUUGGGCCUGCAAAUGUCGGCAGCUACAAAUUCGUGCCAAGUCUGGAGGGCCUUGAUUUUGUGCGCAAGUAUGCUCUUUUGACCGUGAAGAGACAAGAAAUAUCCGAAAACUGGCGCAAGAUCUGGUUGGAGAAAAAGUUGGAUGCAGUCAUGGCGCCAGCAGCGCAAAGCACAGCCGUGCCGCAUGAUACUUUUGGUUGGCCUCCAUAUACAUGCAUUGUCAACCUACUUGACUACCCGGCGUGCGUGAUACCGUUUGGCAAGGCGUCUCGGCAAUUGGAUCCAGUGGCUACCAAGAUGAAUGCGGAGCAAGCAGGGCCAGAAUAUGACCCCGAGGUCCUCGAUGAUGCGCCAUGCUCUAUACAGAUCAUGACUAGCCGCAUGCGGGACGAGGAGUGCUUGAAGGUGGGCGCUGCUGUGAAUGAAUGCUUGAGACGAGCUUGAAGGGUUCGUGCCCAGCUGUCCGGUCGUAGGUUGAAUCGCAUGUCGACGGAUGACCCCAGUAUCGGCCUUAUCGAUUGGGCCUAGUCAGGAUCCUGGGCCACCAAUGCCUGUCCUAGACCAUGCUUGAAUAUCAGAGCGUUCAGGCCAUCAUAAUCAAUCCCAGAAUCCCCGUCACCAUCUGUCGAGGUCUUGAGCAAAAAGUCUGGCAAAUUCCAGAUCUUUUCCAGAACGCCAGCCGUUCGU